AUGCAUUGUGAAGUGACACAUUGCAACGUAACCAUCUUUGUUUCUUUUAAAGUCAAACUCGUGGACAGCACGAGUGAAAUCUUGAAGAACACCUCCCAAGAUGAUGUGAUUGAAGACUGGUUUGAGAGAGAGUUCUCUGAUGAUGAUGAUGAGGAAGAGAUCGUCUUCAUCGAGGUUGUCGACCUAACUGAGAUGACGGAGAAGGAAGACAUAACAGAAAGGAUGCCAGUCGAGCAAGUUACAGGAGGUCACUCUUCAAGUGCCAAUGCUUACCCAACGGUUAUCUGGUACCUUGUGUCCGCCUAUAUCUACCCUGAAGACAUCUCAACCUUUGCAUGUGACACGUACGCCUUGACAAACACUGCAGGGUUCUGGAGAAAGCUGUAUUUCAGGUACUGGAGCCCCGAAGCAGCAAAGAGUCUCCCCAAGGAGCUUCACUACACCAGCAUCCAGCGAACGUUCGGUCUGCGCACCCUCGUUAUACGCUCUCUCCAGUUCAUCUACCCGCCUUUCGCCCACCGCAACACCGCGCUGGGAAACACCAACGACGCGGUGGAGAACAUGUCGGGGCUCAUUUUCAUGUACCACGUCAGUCGACGCAAGGGCUCGAACUACGUCUACUACUUGAAGUUUCAGGAAACGAGUCGCGCGUGUCAGAUUUCUGAUUGUGAGCGAGAGAUUUUUGUGAACCCUAAUCGUGAUCAAUGGAUCUUGAAAAUCAUGUGUAAGACUUGCCAUCGUUUGGAGCCCGAACGGAUCAUGGGGAAGGAGUUAGUGAACGCAUCGUUCAGCGUCAGCUACGGAAUGAUGUACAACAAGUUAAAGCUGGAAUUUCAGGAGCCGAUGGUGCGUCACACCAAGAGAGCCGACCGAACGAUCUUGAUUCUUGAUCCCUUGCUUUGCGCUCGCGUUUACCCCUGGUGGCAUCCGCUGUUCAACGAUAACUUCAGAUUGGAAUCGGAGAGCGGAGGUCAUACAAAUGGGACGUUGAACAUGUGGAACGCUAACAAUUGACCUCCUGACCUAUGCCCUAUCACUAUGACCCACAGUUUACGAAACUUUGUAAACAAAAUAGUUAAUAGUCUGACAAUAGGAGCCUAUAGGCCAGCUUCCUCAAAAGGUGAAAAACAUAUGCUGAACAAUUUACUGUCAUUAAUGUUGGUAGCGCUUAGAGAUGCCCUUUGGGUGUGAAAAGCACUAUAUAAAAACUGGGCCCAAUUUCA